AUGGAAUCCCAGCGUCCGCCGGCGCCAUGUUCGGCCACAUCCCCCCAGCAGAGCCAACCGCAGCACCAGCUCUCGACGAACUCUCCAUCUGACGAGUACAACUACGCAUACAAUGAGAAAGAGCCGUAUCAGCGACAACAUAGCAUCCGCAUAGACCGUCAUAGCAAAUCAAGUUUCGGCCGUGGCCAUGAUUCCGUCAUCUCGUCGCACCCAUUUUCGCCGAAGGCCUCCUCUGCGCCAAGCCCCUGUAGCAGCAUCUCGUCGAUAGGGCCACAACGCAAUUCCACACCCGAGAUCCGGUAUUCCAGAUCGGACAUAGAACAACGAAACAUACCAUAUCCCCAACAAGCGCAUCUUGAUCCCGAGAAGCAUGGCUAUGGCUCGUCGCAUGGCGGCCGAUCCCCGAAUCACGCGUCUGCGACAGGACUAGACGGCGAUGCGAUCGUCUAUGACAAAGGCGCAUACCAUGAGAAAGGCCCAGAGGAAAAGGCAUGGCAAUUAUUGUUUUGGCUCUGCGCCCCAUGUGCCUUCCUUUCCGGCGCCAUCGCACUCUGGACCAUCUUCGCUCUCGUGAUCUCGAUCGUACUAGCACCCCUGCGAUUCUGCACCACACGCCCGCAAUUCUCGGAACAAAUCACAUCCUUCCUCGCACCAGCACUCAACCUCCAACUACACUUGGUCUAUUCUCACGAUUCAACAACCGGUUACAGCGCGCCUAUGCUCGUCGUCGUUAACCUCUUUUCACCAGUUGUUGCAUUUGGUGUCGCAAUAGCUGCAUGGACUGCUGCAGGGUUCUGGUUCUUCUCGUCGAUAUUAGGAGACCCUGGAGGUCAUGACGGCCACAAUGAUGGCAGAGAGACUAUCGUCAGUGUGCGGAACUGGUGGGAACGAUGGCUUUCGAGGGCACUGCGAGAGACGAAUGUUUGA